AGUCAGUUCUCGAGCGUCACGCACGUUGUUUACGCUUUUUCACGCCUAAGCAUUGCAUUUUCGGAUACAUAAUCGGCAAUCAACACGUGUGGAUGAGUUUUUUAGCCAUAAUUUAGGCGUCUCAUCCUUAUAUACAAAAGUUUGCAAGCAGAUCUUUCUGGUGACGGAGGUGACUUGCAGCAAUUCAGGCCGCACCAGCGCGUCGAGCACCCAGCGAACAGGAGAGACAAACUGCAUCCACGCCUGACCAAGGUCUUGCAGGUGCAGCGGAUAGCCACAGGAGAAGAGCAACACCCAGUUGGUGCCCAGAGCCAAGGUACAGCCCAUAAUGGGGGAUUUUGGGGUGAGUGCAAGGAAAAACUGCAUCGCCGCGUGCGAACAGAGCGCGUACAGCAUCGAAAUGCCUGUCGAAUUGACAUUAUUUUUAAAUUUAAUUUCGAUAGAAAAACAGAAUUUGAUCACUUGCCUAUAUAAAUGGAGAACAAGUCUGCCCGCGGGGGAGCAGUCACGCUGCCACUCAUCGCGUAGGCGGGGGCGAAAAACGCCAGCGACAGACACAGCAAGGGAGGGAUGUCAAGCAAAACCUGCAGAGUUGAAAAUUAUUUGCUUAAAAUAUUUACGAUUAUGCAAGAAAACUAUUAUUUUAAUUUGAUGCGACAAACUAAACUUUUAGUGAAUUAAAAAAACUUUAAUUAAUUCAAUAAUUUUAUUGAUAAAAUAAUGGCUUGCCUUGCAAAGAGCCUGCACCGGUUGCCAGAUGCAGUUUUUGUCGUUGGGUCGUUUGGCCAGCGCCGUCCAGAAGCUCAAAGGGAUGUUCCACAUUCCCAUCAUGACCACGUAAAAACUGAGCCAGUCGGGCAGGGAGUCCUGGGAGGCCGCGGGGUUUCGCAGGUCCCAGAAAAUGGCACCGAUCGCCACGGACAGGGCGGCGCACAGCAGCAGGUUGUGUGAAAAACGCACCAGACACAGCGGCCAGCGCAGAAUCAAACCGCGUCUUUCAAAAGAAAGAAAAAAUGUUUUGUAAUAUUGCAUUAUUUUAGGAUAAAAUCUUAUUACAAAAGGAGUGCCCAGAUUUGAAGAAAGAAUCCGGGUGGUUUCGAGACCGAGGGUGGUUCAAGGGGUGGUCCUGGAUCUGACAAAGGCGGUUGGCGAUUCGCAAAAACUUCGGUCAAUUGCUGGAUCCGCUGACUCGACUCGAGCAUUGCUUCGGCUGACAAAUCGUCCAGUGUAACCAAGUCGACUAGAAACAAUUUUUUUUAGGAAAGAUCAAAUUAUAAAAAAAAAAUUGUAAAUUGCAAAAUUGAAAACUCACUGUAAUAAUCCGAGGGGUUUUUGAAUGCGGGGCAGGGGUACUCGAUGUGCUCAAAAUAGGGCAGCAUUUCUGUUCGGCGGCCAGAGAAGGCCAGACGGCCGGCGCAGAGAAGUGUGACCCUGCUCAGCAUGCUGAAUAUUUCAAAAGUGAGUGGAUGGAUGGUGAGGAAGACGAUGCGCGGACCCGCCGAGGCCCAUUGCCGCAGAAACUCGAGCAGGAAAAAGGUGUCAAAAAUGUCCAUGUUGCGCGACGGGUCGUCCAGCGCGAUCAUGUCGCAUCCCUUUAAAUUUUAAUUUAAAAUGUAUUCAACGGUAUUGAAUUGACAAAAAAUUUAAGCUAAUCCAAAAAUUAUUAUUAAGUAUAAAAAGUCCUACCUGCAGCAAUGCACACGCAAGUUGCAAACGUAUCCGUUCUGAGUGAGUUAAAGCGCCGAUACGAGUAUUUCGAACUUGACUCAGGCCCAGUUGAGAUAAUAGAGCCUCAACCUGUAAACACAAUGAAGUUUUCUGAAAUUAAAAAUAAAUAUUUUUUGAAUGAGGAAAAAAAUAAUAUGUUGAAUUGAUAAGUUUAAGAAUUUAAUUUAAGUCCUCUCUGCAUAUUCUUAAUCAUAUUGUAUUUUUUUAAAUUCAAUUUUCAUUUAAUUUUUCCAAUAUAUCAGAAAAAUAACAGUUCUUGAAAAAGAAUCGAAUAAAAAAUAAAACAGACAAUUUUUUUACAAUAACAUUUUUCUGCUAACAAUUUAAGGAAAAAAGUGCUGGAAUAUUUAAAGAUUAUUGUGAAUUUUUACCUCUGCUCUUCUCACUUUGGCGUUGGGCGCGUUGCUGAGCCACGAGUGGAACCUGAGCGUCUGCUUGGCCGUCAGACUGGCGUCAAAGUUUUCGCACUCCCUUUUCACAACACUGAAAUGUUUUUUGAGCGCCCGCGGCCUGACGUAGCGCCCGUUGAGCCAGACCUCGCCUUUGGUCGCCCGCAGCCGGCCCGAGAUGAUAUCGAGCAGCGCGCCUCCUUCCGUUCCUAAAUUAAUGGUAAAACAAUAAGCACUUAAUGAAAGGACAAUAAAAGCCGGAUUUGCGUACUCGAGGUGGCCAUAAUUCCCAGCAUGUCUCCGCCGCGGGCCUCCAAGUUUAUCGUCUCCAAAACUCGGCUCGGCCCUUUUUCGUAGUGCACGUUGCGCAGCUGGAAGUUGGGCAGACUUUUGUGCACGGUCCUGCGCUUCGGCCGCAACUCGGACAUGGACAGCAAGUUGGCCUCGCUGGCGCUGCGCAGCGGCUGGUUGCUCAUCACGUUGAGCGCCGUCUCGCUCCGGCUGCGCAAAACGCCGCCGCCUCCGCCGCCACCCUUGGGGGCGCGCGGCGAGCCGUCGUCGCUCGAGUCGUAGCCGCUCGAGUUGUCCCUCCGGACGGGCGGAAAAACGCGCGGCAGACCAAACUUGAGGUAGGUGUACAUGUUGCCCGUCAGCUCGCUCUUCGGUCCGUAGCGGGGGUGCCGCAAAAUGGACCGAACCUUGCAAGGAAAAUAAAGAAAUGAGGUGAAACUGUUACAAGUGCCUAAAAAAAGAAUGAUAAGUUUUGGAUGUAAUUAUGCAAGAAACAAUACAAAAUAAAUAACCAAUCAAAUUUUUUUGCUACUUAUGAAAGCCAAAGGCAGCUUAAUCAACCUUGAUUUUAUGAUUUAUAAAUAUAAUUUUUCUUCAGUGAACCAUUAAAAAUUGCAAGAAUGUCACAACUUGAACGUUAAUAUAAAUAUAGGCAAGAUGAAAAUAUUAAGAAAUAUAACAAAUCUAAAAAUUCUUCAAAAUUAAGAUGAAUUUUUUAUACAAAUUUAAGCAGUAGAAGUUCACGAUUGAGGGUUGAUUCAUGGUGAUUUGAAUUUAAAAUUCGGCCAUUCCUCGAUGGGUUUUUGUGAGUUUCUACUUUUUUUCUUAAACAAUUAAUUAAAUGUGUCUAUAAUACAUGGUUAAUCCGAUUCCUUGGGAAACAUAUAGAAAGACGAAAUAGGAAGAACACUUUUUUUCAGAUCCUUUUUUUUUAGACAUUUAAAUAUGCAUUUUUUUUUAACAGCAAACUUUGAUUUCUACUAUCUUCGUCACAAUCCUUAAAAAAAGAAUUAAAAUCAGUCUGAAAUUAAACGAUUUUGUUUUUUUAAAUUCCCUGAAAUUUGAACAUCAACCAGAGAGUGAUCAGUGGGCAAACGAACUUAGCAAUUAAGCACAACCGUUCCAUAACAGAUGAAAUUCGAUGGGCUUCUUUAUUGUCCUUAGAAAUCAAAGGAAUUUUUAUUGCGCACAUUAGUACUGUGCAAUUACUGCGCUCUGGCCCGGAGGCGAGAAAAUCACUGAACUGUACACCGAAUUCUUCCACCAGCAGAGAUGAUUUCUUCUUGUCAAAAAUUCGAAGUGAUUAAAUUAUAAGUUUUAAACGCAUAUUAAAUUGAAUCGUAGCCAAUUUGGAGCGGACUGGUCUCAAAUAACAGCUUCUAGGUGGAGAAAAUUAAUCUAAUUAGACGUGCCGGGAGAACAGAAGCUGCUCCGGAAAAGGCGGCGGCACGCAUGAGUUGGGCAACGACAACACACUUGUUACUCUCUCCUAUACAUACUUGUCGCGUUGAAUGCACAACUUUGCCUAUCACCGUAUAAUAUCUGCGGCGUGCCUGUUGUAAACCCUUUCUAAUGAAAUUAUAGCCGAGAGCUUCAGGCAAUUCAGCCGCUGAUAAGCUAAUUGCAGUCGAAAUCUGUGAAUAAUUCACUCCUCACCCCUAAUUAUUACCCACGCUCACUUUGGCCGAGAGAGCUUAGCAUUCCAAACUCUCAAAUUUCGCAAAAGUUGGGGGUGCAAAUUCCAAAAGUUGUGUUGAUACUCACUGUCGAUUCUCUGAGCUGGAAGUUUCCGUAGGGCAGAGGGCUUUUCUCGCCCGCUCCCAGGGCCGAGUCGGCGAAGUCCGAGUUGAGGUUUUGUCUGUAAAUGGACCACGCGUGCAGAUCCUCCGAAGCGAGCUCGUGGAGCCGCGGCUCGUUGAGGGACGGCACCGAAUAGCGUCUUUCGUUCAUCCUGCCCUGCAAGUUCAACACGCCCUUGAAUGAAUUAUUUCCGAAACGCGAACACUGCGAGCACACCCGAACUCCAAGCUGUGCUCUCGCGGAUAUUCAAAUUAAAUUACGCUCGGAGGAGGAGGAAGGGCGCAGGAAAUGCUCGGGCGGGUGUUAUUAGCCGCCUAAUUACAUAUUCCGCACUGGUCGCUCUCCUUAAUUUAACAACAAUGCCGCAGAGCAGUAAAUUCCACAGGUAUGAGCGGGCGCGCUAAUCGCCCCCGAUCUUCAAGUUUAAAAUAUAAUUUUCCCGUCCGAGAGAAACAAAGAACGGGGUGUCCGCAAUUGUCUUGAGAAUGGUGACCUUGUCAAAAACUGGGUGGGCCCAUUUGAUGUCGCGAAUGCAAUAAAUACCUGGGUUUUGUUAGCAUCGCUCUGCCUCCAUGACUCUCUUGCUUGAUCGCAGUCGGAUGGACCCGUCAGGGUAGAAUGCCUCUCGCUCUAGUGGAAGGGACCUAAACUAAAGUUGCAGUGACGUGUGUUCCAUACCCUGGGCGUGAGUUAAAAACCUCUCCUUUACCUGCCUGCGCGUUGUUGUUUUCCUCGCUCGCUGCUCGGCCGCAGUGGACCUGAAAAAAAACACAGCUCUCUCGUCAAAAAUAAAAUGCACUGCUGCCUUUGAGAAUUUCAAUUUUUCGACCAGCAACAGGUGCUAAUGAAGAUGUCCGCUCGACACCAGCCGUCUGUGCUCGAGCUCUGCAACAUCUUCCACACCGGACAGGUGGAGAGCGGCGGCUGUCUGAAGAGGCUCAGCGGCAGGGUGCGCAGCGGCCUGGUGCUCAAGGACGUCUCCAUGGUGGUGCACUCUGGAGAGCUCCUGGCAGUUUUAGGAUCUAAAGGCAGUGGAAAACGGGCCCUACUCGAUGUCAUCUCAGGACGGGCCCAGGGCGCCACUAGAGGCCAAGUGCUUUUAAACGGCACGCCGCUCGGUGCUUCAGAUUUUCAAAAGUGCGGCGCCUAUGUGGGCAAGCGAAACGAUCUUUUGACAGGGCUGACCACCGAACAAACUCUGCUCUACUCUGCUGCGCUCGAAUUGGGCUCCAAGGUGUCCAAUUACGUGCGUCGGGCUCGAGUGAAGCAGGUGCUGGCCGAUUUGGCUCUGACGCACGUCGCGUAUCGCGGCGUCGACGGACUCGACGACAGCGAGUACCGGCGGCUGGUGAUAGGCGUGCAGAUCAUCAAGGACCCCAUUAUUCUGCUGCUCGAUGAACCGACGGCCGGUCUGUCGCCGCUUCACGCCUACUUGGUUUUAUCAAUGCUUGCAAAUCACGCGCGCAACUGCGGCCGCAUCGUCAUCCUCUCGAUGGAGCGACCCCGCUCGGACGUCUUCCCCUUUCUGGAUCGCGUGUCCAUCCUGUGCCUGGGCGACGUCGUCUACGCCGGCCGCACCACCCUGCUGCUCGACUACUUCCAGCGGAUCGGCUUCCCCUGCUCCGAACUCGAGAAUCCCCUCAUGUACUAUUUAUGUCUUUCGACCGUGGACCGACGCUCAAGGGAUCUCUUUAUGGACUCGACCCAGCAAAUUGCUUCGCUUGUUGAGAAAUUCAAAAUCCAAGGGAGCGCUUAUUCUCAUGACAUAGCUGGUGUGCCUCUGUCUCCAGAGAGAGGCCACAAACUGCCUCUCUGCGUUUUGGGGCAGCCGGGCGCGCUGAAAAAAUUCUGGGCCCUCUUUUGUCGGCAGACGGCAACCACGUUCAAUCUUCGACUCACAGGGCUGAGGUCUUUGUUCCUGCAGCUGUUCCUGCUGCCUAUUGUGUGCGCCUCCACAAUGCAGAGCUUUUCAACUUUACUGGACUACCAGCGCUCGUACCCGAGCGUGAGCGCUCUCUGCUUCAUAAUACUCGCCGUCGCCUACUACAACUCCACACUCGUCACUUGCCUGCUCUAUCCGGAGCUGCGGACGCGUUUCUAUCAGGAAAAAAGGGACGGAUUGUACUCGGGAUCGCAGCUCGUCGUCUCCAGCACGCUGCUCGGGCUGCCCCUGAGCGCCGCCUCGGCCGCCCUCGCCGCCGGAUUAAUUGUCAUCUUGACAGGUUACCAGUACAAAAUCUGGCUGGUGCUGUUUGGAGCGAUCCUGGCUACAAUUUUGGCCGUCGAGCAGCAAACUAAGGCCAUUCUCGUCUACCUGCAAGACAGCCUCACCGCGUUCCUCUGCAGCACCUUGGUUUUCUCCUUGGCUUUAAUACUCUCUUCCGGCACUUUAAGGGCGCAAGGUGGCAUGCCGGGCUGGCUGCAGUUUUUGACGACCAUCGCGCAACCUCAUUACACUUCAACGGCUCUCCAUCAAGCGUUGCUUGCAGACAGCAUCGCCGCGCCGCACAACGCGACUCUCACUUGUCCCGUUUUCAAUAGUCCCGAGUGCAGAUUCAAGGACGGAAUGGAUUUUUAUACGGAGAGAUUAGGUCCUGAUAUUGGGUACUCGCAGGCGGUGGCCUUUUUGUUCCCUCUCGCCGGAUUUAUAUUCAAUUUAAUUUUAUAUUCAUUGCCUCUGCCAGAAUACAUUAAGCAGAAGCAAAGGGAGUAGUAGAGAGGCGCGUAGCCUUUUAAUGGGGCCAAAGAGAGCGAAAGUAAUGUAUUUUGAAUGAUAUUAAAGUUGACAAAUAAAUAUUUUAUUUAUGUAACAUACGUAGGAGGUAGUAUAAUACUUGACUGGGAUGUUUGAUUAUUCAUCAUCCUUUUGUGUGCUAUAUAUGAAAGCAACUAAGCCAUGAUAAUGCAACACAUGAUGAUAUUUUAUUUCGCAAUAAAGCUGAAUUACUC